GAGACGUGUAGCGACUGCUGGAGCAAAAUGUUGGUCUGUCUACUGCCAUAUUCAAAACAACAGCCUCACACUGUACACAAAACAUACGAAAGCCAAACGAGACGGUAGACGGUUAAAUGCUUACAAUAAUUCCAUUAGUCAGCAACGAUAGUUGUAACAGGAAAGUCGUCCUGCUCCUACUCUGUCUCUCUGUGUAUCGUUCAUUCAUUCAACUCACGUGUGACGUACAGAUUCAAAUUAAAAAAAUUUGUUCAUCAGUUGUAAAUAAACCGGAAUUACCCGGAUAAAUAAAUUAUGGAAUUUAUUUGAAAAUUGAAUUGGCGGAAAUAUUGAAUUUAAUUGGAGUUUUUGAAGAAGAAAAAAAGCAGAAUUAAUUUGGAUAUUUUUAUUUGAAGAGAAAGAAGAAAAAAAUACACAUUUUAUUUGAAUUGUUCUCACAAUUGGAAAUUCUUACUUUGAAAAUUGUUUGUUUUGGUGCUAAAAAAGUGUAAAAAAGAAUUGAAUUAUACAUAUUUUUUCCAAUUUUUUUGUUGUUGUUGUUUGUUGAAAACAUUUUGGAAGUUUGUAAUGAAAUCCAACUGAAAAUGAGAUCGAGUGAACUGGAUUGUAAUCAUUUUCUACACAAAUGCUGUUUAGAGCUGUUACUAAACAAUAAUAGUGUGCGCGCGAUAGUGAAAACGUGAUUUAAAUCGGAGUGUGCAAUAGUAAAGUAGCGAGGCGAGAGAGAAAAAAAACCAGUUGCAUGGAAAAAGCGAUAAAUUUAUUGACACACAACUCAAAAAUGCAUAUAAUAUUCCGUUCUCAUAUCUUUUAACGUCGUUCUAAAAAUUCAAAUAAGCCAAUAGCACACUCACCAACGUGAAUAUGCACAAUUGCACAUGCAUAAGAAUUAACAGCAGCACUGAUUUAUUCAAGAAUUAAUGUUAACGUCAACUAUUCAACCAACAAACGGUGAAUGCAAUUGUUGUUUUUUUGUUCUCGUUCAAUUGCCGUUGUCAUGAGCUGCAGAGACUCUGUUUGAUGCUAAGAUUUCCGAAGCGUGAUUUGGUGCACUGAUUUUAAAGUCAAGAUAAAUUAAUCGUAAUAAAUAUUUGUUAUCAUUGUUAUUGAACGUCGCCUUCGAUUUCAACUGCGAAUCGCUAAACGCGAAUGAAAACAAACAUAAACACAAUAAAUCAGCUAAAUGACCAAAGGUGGCAAGCUGUUUUUUCUCUCUAAAUAUUCACAUUCGAGACAUAUUCAUAGACUGGAAUGUUGGCAUUUCUAUUGAUUUGAAAUUAAACGCGCGAUAAAACCGCUAACUGCUAGAGCCCGAGAGCAGACUGAGAAGAUAAACGACACGAUCACAUCCAUGAAAUGAACGACACACCACGACAGCAUUUAACCGCAUUUCAAUUCUAAAUUUAGAUGAGUUUUUCUAGUGUACAGCAUAAUGUCCCGAAGGAAACAAUCAAAUCCAAAACCACUGCUAAAAAACGAAAGCGAAAAUCCAGUACGAAACAUGGCAAUCUUGCAACAAGAUCCAGAGAGCAUUUCAACCGAAAUAGACGACGAACAGAGUACAGUGGCCAGCGACGAUAACACAUUAGCGCGGUCACAAUCAAUUAGCGAAAGUGAUAAAAAAGAUACGCCUGCGAAUGAUGCAUCGCCAUUAUCAUUAGAAACGAGUUCGCACAGCAGCACUCCUGUCACAUCGACUACACCCAUUGCAUCGCCAACCUUACCGAUCGAUAUAAAAUGUGAGAAGAAGGCCGCUGCUGCUGCGGAGCAGCUGAAUCAAUUGCAUACCAAUAGCGAGCUACCAAAAUUGCGAUUGAACAUUACACUUGCAUCGGAUCCGGCAUUGCAACCAGAAGCAAAAGAUAUACAAAGUAUACGAGCCAGCGCGGUUGAAAAUUACGAAACCGAAUCAAAUUGUGAUGAUGAAAUGCGAGAUGAUUCAGCAUCGUCACCCAUACUCGUGCACGAUGAUAAUGGACCACCGCCUGAAAAGAUUCGAAAACGGCAUGAUUCCACGUUCCGGUCGUCAGGAAAUAAAUUUGUUGUUAAUUUGCAACAAUCGAAUGUUAACCCAAACGAUAUCAUUCCCAGGGUGCCCGCAUUUAUUUGUGCACCUUGUGGCAUCAAAUUUUCAUCCAUGUCAACACUCGAGGCUCACCAAACAUUCUACUGUACUCACAGCAAAAAAGAUACCGAAGACUCGAAUAAUCCACUGAAAGUGAUAUUAGUCGACGACGGCAGCAGCACAGAAUCAUCAGCAACAAAAACAACCGUUCGUACCACCAAACAAUAUGGAUGUAAUCAAUGCUCGUACAGCGCUGAUAAGAAAGUUUCAUUAAAUCGUCACAUGCGAAUGCAUCAAACAUCACCAACAAACAGUUCGGUCACAUCCAAUGGUGACGAUUGUUCUAGUCAAAUUCAACAACCUCUACAGCAGCAACAGCCAAUCCAGUUGCAUCAAGUGGACCGAUACUGUACCGAUUGUGACAUUCGAUUUUCAAAUACAAAAACAUUUCGCGCCCACAAAGAAUUUUACUGCCGCGGUCGACACAGCCGACAUGAUGAUUCUGGUCCACCCACUUCUGCCGCAAAAACAGUCGCCCAAAAAACCGUUCAACCGAAAAGUACGGAGGAAAAUAGCAAAUUUCCAGAAUCGAUUGGACCCACGCAACCAUUUUUGGCACUACCCACCACGCCCAUUAUCAUAAUACCGUACUCGUUAAUCCGUGGUGCAAACGUAUUGCCAGGACCUUUGAGUGUAUCGGCUGGAGUAGUGAAUCCCGAUUUGAAUUGCUACGUCCUACAAAAUGGAUCUUUGCAACCAAUUGCCCAGGCCAUUUCGAUGCCGAGCAUAAGCGAAAGAGCAACUAAACCAUCGUCGACACGAGCACAAACGCCCGUCGCCAAAACAUCGUCUCAACCAAGCGAUUCCGAAGUUAGUCCGAAUCAUCUGGACACAACGAAAAAUUCUAAACGAAGAGAAACACAUAAUCGAGAGGGAAAUACAACGCCAUUAGACUUAUCAGUGCGGCGGUUAUCUAUUGACCGUUCGUAUAGAGAGCGUUCAGCAUCAAUCUCAUCUUCCAUAUCGGGUGACUUACAGCGAAUAAACAUGGACGCCCUGAAUGAUGGAAAGGAGAAUCUGUUGCUGAACAGUAGCAACUCAGCGUCACCGGAACAAAUCGUUUGUGCACCAUCAUUACCAGGCUCACCACCAUUAACACCCUCACCAAAACGAAGCUCGAGCAGUCCGCGCGGUAUUCUAACGCUAUCACCAAGCUCUCUUGCGUCUAGUCUUCACUUGAAUCAACCAAAUUCGCAGGCAGCAUCAACUAUUCUUCGACCACUUUUGGUAAACGAACUAACCGCACGUUUGGCAGAACCAAAUUCCGUGGCUGCGGUACUAAAUUCAUCAGCCCAGCAUUUACUUGAUAGUCAAAAUUUCGAAUUGGCGUUGAAUAUUGCGGCAAAUGCUAAUAACGUUCCGUUGCCGAUAGCAAAAACAACGUCUCCCAUCUCAGCUGUGGCCAAUGUUACAAAGAAACCGAUAAUCAGUGCAUCGGCUACUUUGCCGUUGGUCCAACCACAGAUAUUCGUAAAACAAGGAGUGUCGAAAUGCAAAGAAUGCAAUAUCGUAUUUUGUAAAUACGAAAACUAUUUGGCUCACAAAAAGCAUUACUGCUCGUCGAGAAAUAUUGAGGAAAAUUCGGACGGAAAAACAAAACCGAGCCCGCCUACUUCGCCACUAGCUCCAGCCAAUUCAACCAAUGCAUCGGCUGUACACGGUGCCUAUCAACAACUGAUUUGUGCGGCUUGUGGCAUCAAAUUCACAUCACUCGAUAAUUUGCAAGCGCAUCAAAUGUACUACUGUCCAAAACGGAUGGAAGCUCCAGCGCAGGUGGUGAGGGACAAGUGCGCCAAAUGCAAAACCAUACACGAUGCAGCCCAGCCUUGCGCUACGAAUCAAAAUAUCUACAAAUGCCCAAUUUGUGAUGUGGUCAGUGCAAACGCAACCGAAUCUCGUAAACACCUAGAAACACACGCUGGCGCUAAGGCGUUCAGGUGCAGCAUUUGCGGAUAUAAAGGCAAUACACUCCGUGGAAUGCGUACACACAUCCGGAUGCAUUUCGAUAAAAAGACAAACGAUUUCAACGAAGAGAGCUACAUAUCUUGCACAUUAGACGAGGAAAAUUCCGAAGCUCAUGCUCAAACGGCGACAUUGUCCUCCUCUGUAUCGACGAAUCAAGCAUCAUCACCGGAAUAUGCUCAGUCGGCAGCUCCUAGUACCGCCGCACAAACACAUCACUGUGAUAAGUGCAGCUAUUCUUCGUCAUUUAAAGGAAACUUGAUUCGACACAUGAAAAUCGCGCAUUCAACUGGUGAACCAGUUCCACCGUCAUUGAUUGGAGAAGGUGACGAGAGUUUAUUGUGUGAAACCGAAGCUGAACGACCAAACUCGGCUAGAGUGAUUGUAAAAUCGGAGCCACCAGAAUCGAAAUCAUUGGAACGGCCACCAAGUGUUAUACAAGAAACAAAUGAUGCUGUCGCGAAUAACAUAAAAAUUGAGAAUGUCGAUAUCUCGGACAACGAAGACGACGAGAAGAACUCUGAUGUUGCCGAUUCAGAUUCGGUACAACGAUUCCUCCCCGAAAAUUCAUUGGUGCGAACAUCUCUGUUGAGCGGUGUCCCAGCACCCGGUUCAAUUUCAUUGAAUGCAUCAACAUCUGAAGUGGAUAAUAAAUACUGUCGCAUUUGCGACAUUAAAUUCAAAUACAUGAGCUCGUACAUUGCUCACAAAAAGUCGUACUGCAGAAAUAUGGAAAGUGGAUUGGAUAUAGGACCGGUUGUUACGUCGAGUCCAGUAUCGAGUGUGAUUGCCAGCACUCGUUCGUCACCAAAUCAGGCGUCAGUUGUUACAUAAACGGUGUGCAUCACUGUUUUCUUUUCAUACAAAUUUGUUUACCGAAAAAUCGUUACUUUACAAACAAUUAAGAAAAAACGACAAUUGUUUCUUUUUCGUAGUAAGAAUAAUUAAUGGAUAAGUUUAAAUUUAACAAAAAUAUGCAUGACAUACUAAGAAAAUAUUCAACAAAUACAUGACGUUUACAGGAACAAAGAAUGCCAUUUAUGCAUUCUAAAUAUAAUUUAAUCGUUAUUAAACAUGAAAUGUAUUCAAUACGCUUGAUCUAUGUAUCGGCCCACACAAACACUCGAACGCAUGCUCGUUAGCGUUACAAAUCGAUAGCAUUACAAAUCAAACAUUAUGUACGAAUUAAGGCAAUUUCAAGAAAAAAAAAACAUAGUCACAUGUGAUCCUAAAUAACAAAUACGAAUUGAUACAUUUAAAUAGAGUCACUUGACGCAAUGAAUUAACAUGUAAAACGAUAUAUCGAAUGCAACGGACUGAGAAACGUAACACAUUUAAAUAAUAAUUAACAAUUUAAGGAAUACUAACCUACUUGAUCCCAUUGUGUGUAUGCCAAGAUACACAAAGCUUUCCAUUUUCGUUUUAGAUCCCCGAAUUUCCAAUCUAAUUAAUCUAGUACAUCGAUCUCAAUUCAAAAUUUUGGCCAUGAGAACGAAAUUGAACCGGUACAAUAACUAACUAAAAUGAAAUGCUAUGCCAACAACCUCUACUACUUAAAAUAAUAAUCUGCGUGUUUUGAACAUCAUGACCAAUAGCAAAGCCAUGAGAUCGUUGAAAAGUUUUUCCAAUGAAAUUGAAAUAUUCAUAAUCUUUUUGCCAUAUUUAUAAUGAUUCCAAAACUAUGAACACUAGGGUUUUUUCGGCAUCGUUCAAUCGAAAAAUGGUAAGUCUCAUUCGAUAGAUCUCAGAAUUCUGAGUCGAUUGAUAAUAUUUUUGUCGCGGAUGGACUUGUGGUGACACUUUCCGAAACUACGAAAAAAAAUGUUUUCUUCUGAAUUUCUAUAUUAACGUGUGACAACUAGAUUCAAUUUUAUGUUUUUUUGUCAAAUUUUUGCUUACAAAUUUCAAA